AAAAUGACGAAAAUCCCAAAUUACCCUUAACCCUGACACUCCCCUCACUAACCCUAACAGUGUAACACACUCUCCUCACAGUCACAGCCCCCCGCCCCCUCCACUCUUCACUCUCCGCCGGCGGACAGCGUCACAGCGCCGUUGCCUACUCGCGUUCCUCCGUUUCGCAGCCGCAGUCGCCUUCCUCCGUUUCAGAGCCGUCGCCUUCCUCGGUCCGCUGCUGCCAUCAUCCUCCACACUUUCCUCCACGCUCUCUGAAUCUCUAGAAUGGAGAUGCCUCAGGGAAAGUGAGAACAUUGGUGACACAGAAAACAGUUUAAAAACCGGAAAACCAAGCCAAUCCAAUUAGUGCUCGAUAUUUUCUUUCAAACGGCAUUUUAGUGCAUUAUAGGAAGAGACAUGGCUGUGGCGGCUAAUUGUGCAAGGAAAACCCUCCAACUAGCUUCUUCUUCCUCCGCUAGAACCCUCUUUUCUCGUCGAUCUUUUCCCCUUGUUAAACUCAAUGGCUUACCUUCUUCUCCUUCUAGAACUUAUACCCAGAAGCGCUCACUCUCCUUUCCAAGGGUUCCGGAGCAGUUAGCAGGUGUUGCACAACUAGUGUCUCUGACGCCAUUACAUAGCGCUACUGCCUCUGCCUUGUUCACUUCUCUCCUCUCUUUGCACAAUACUAACUGGGGUUGUCUCUCUGAAGGUUUUGCAACACCUCUAUAGCAAGCAGCUGCAGAUGAUAACUUCGCCUUCAACUUAUCCUGUUACCAUUAGGUGCGGGUUUGUUUUAGUACUGGUUUCUGUUAGAUACUAUGAUUAAUAAUGUUAUUUGAUUAAAUUUUCUUAACUCACUGAAAGUGUCAAAGUGUAUACUCUAGUCUUGUCAUUUGAAAGGUGCUUCAAUUUCGGGAACCUUCCAAUGUAGAAUGUGUGAAGUUUUUUUGAGCAAUUUUGUUAUGCUUGAACCGUCAUUAAAAACAGCAACAGACAAAUGCUACAGGUGAGUUUAUGAUUGA